AUGUCUUCACCUCCCACCGCCAUCUCGAUCUCUACCAGUGUCGAGGACGAGUCAGAAAAGGGACACUCACAAUGUUCAGAACCCUUUUACAAGAAAGAGCUGGAAGCAGGGAUCCGCGCGGAGCCGUCCAAGUCCAAGGAGGAGAGACUCAAGAUGCUGGAGAUGCUAAAGCGACUUGAAGAAGAGUCGGAUGACCAUGAUGAAGAUGAAGAGGAAUCAGAGCUGGCACGACGGCUAGGGUCUGUGGAUCUUGAUUCCGUCCCAGCCGACGAGCUCUGGUCAAUGCUGUCUCCUGCCGAGAAGGACAAGUUCCUCAAGGCUGUAAACGAUCCAAGUUCAGAGUUAGCCCAACAACUGCUUUCGCGGGAAGAGAUUCAGAUUCAGCAACCUUGGUGGACUCUGGAGAAUGUUUAUCCGCCUACCAAAAUGGAGAUCCCAGAAGGACUGUUGAAACCUGUAUCCAAUAGGCCAUUAUUGGCAUACAACCUUUCAGCUAUCGGCAUCACUUAUGCAUUCAUAGUUCGCCACCUUGGAGCCUCGACACUGUCUUCGUUGUCAUCAGAAGAUCCAGAUUUCGUAGCCGCUCAUGAAAUGUUCUCGCAAUUUCUUCCCUUUCUGGUGGACCGUAGAUCUACACUGGUGUUCCCAAACCUAGGCGCCGUCACUGUCGAUCUAGCUUCCCGGUUUGACACCAACGUGGUCUCGCCGGACCUGUUCUCAGCGCUACUCCAAGACGCAUCUCAGCUGAUGAGCCCUAAAAGCAUCACACACGUUUCGACCUGUCCUUCGGAUCUGCUGUCGCAACCGCAUCAACUUCCCCUGCUGGUUUUAUCGGACAUGCACCAAUUUGUGGCUACUGGACUCGCGAAACGCCGAAUAUCCCAUUCGCUGAGGCACUUGGCCCACAAGCUCGUCUUCUACGCCGCACAUGUGAUCACGAUGCCAACACCCAUCCUCAGAGGCCUGGCACACGAACUCAAGCAAAAGAGUACGGCUUUUCGAGCCGAUUCUAAGGCACAGAAACAGUUGAAGGCUGCGCUGGCUGUCACUAGUAGAGGACCACAACAGUCUAAUGGCAUCGAGGACCUCAAUGGUGAUUGA